AAUUGAAAAUGAUCAUACAUAUAGUAUUGCCCUGGUCCGCAAUCCGAUUUUUGCAAUCACAAGGGCACCACCCAAAGCAAUAUGGGUCCCUCCCUCCCCUCGUGGGCGAAAUUAUUGCCCAAUGUCCACGCGCGAUUGCUCUCCUCGCCCACCACUUUUGCUUUUCCUAUAUUUAUCUCCCUUCACUCCUCACCAUUUCCUUCACACUUGGACUACUUUGGCCAUGAGAAUGAUGAUAGACUUUGGAAGCCAGCGAGGCCCUCUCCACAUAAUGGACACUCCAACCUCGGUGGAUUGCGGCCGCGAAGUCCGGUUCCGUCGCUCCUUCCGCUCCCUUGUUGAGUGCAUGGUCCCCUGUUGCGGCUUCCAGCCAUCCGACUCAUUUGCAAGUGACUCGGAAUCUAUCACCGGCUCAACCGUAACAGGCACCUUGUUUGGUUAUCGCAAAGGCCGUGUCAGCUUCUGCCUCCAGGUCGACACGCGGAGCUCUCCCCUUCUCCUCCUCGAAUUUGCAGUCCCCACCACGUACCUUGCCAGAGAGAUGCGGUCUGGUAUAUUAAGAAUCGCGCUCGAGUGUGAUAAACAAAAGGAGAGAUCUUGCUCUCUGUAUGGCGUGGCAGUGUGGUCCAUGUACUGCAACGGGAGGAAGGUGGGGUUCGCCAUAAAGAGACAGAUGAGCACCAACGAUGCGGCCGUGCUGAGGCUGAUGCACGCGGUGUCAGUCGGCGCGGGGGUGUUGUCGAUUGCCCCACCCAAAUCGGAGGAUGGAGACUUGAUGUACCUUCGAGCUAGCUUUGAGAGAGUGAUUGGGUCGUCUGACUCGGAAUCGUUUCACAUGCUUAAUCCAGGGGGGAGCUCCGGCCAGGAACUUAGUAUAUUUCUGCUCAGAUCCUGAUUAACAAGUGUAAUAAUUAAUUAAUAGUCGGUGAUUAUAUAUAUAUAUAUGUUCUAAUCAAGCUUUAAUAAUCAU